AUGUCUGGUGUCGGUUUCAGCUUUCACAAAUCCUUUACCGGAGCCAUGCUCAAAUAUGAGCAAGGUUUAAAGCACAUUCAGUGCUGCACAUCUGCCACUCUAUCUAAAAGCAUGGGACUAAUGCCUGAGUCUCCCACGAGUGUCUCUAUCUCCAUUGGCCUCAACAACAUAGUCGCUCGGGACACGCGGGUUGAGAUGAAGCCCAAGUUCUCGAGUGAAACUUCUAGCCCGAGGUCAAACAGUCCGGGCGACCGAUUAAAACUCCAAGUCUGGCCCGCCCUGAAGAAGGGUAUCUCGUCUAGUUUGGCCGAGGGCUCUAAAAUGGCACGAAAUCUUUAUGAAAAUAACUCAUCAAAUCCGCAAUUGACGUCUGUAUCUUCUGACACUACGCAGUUGACGUCAGCUCCGAGCAAAUCGUUUUCAGCGAAGCGGCAAAUCGCCAUGGCAGGGGUAGGCGUGAUGCCGAUGACAACAGCACAUGAUGCUCGCAUGGACUCUCGUAAGAAGGAUGGUUCAGGAAUGUAUAAUAUCACUUCUAAGGGAAACAAUGCUAGCUUGCGGCCGCGAGCUGUGACGGCUACAGGGUUUCAACCACGGGAGCAUAUAGCUGGUGAACUACAUCGACGUAAUGAGAGCGCUCCGUCCGUUCCAAUCUCUUCAAAGGACAUUGAACAACUCAGAUCAAGACACAUAGCAAUCAAAGAGAAGCACGAAAUGGCAGAAGCACUGGCUCAAGGCUUUGAUCGUUCGAAAAGAAGACGCAAUUUCGUUGAAGAACAGACGUCGAAUCAGGUUGCAGUAAUGGAGAAAGUGACGUUGGCUCAACUGCCUGUGGGAUUCAACGUAACCGAUGCAAAAUCACAGCUCAAUUCGUCGGAUGUAGAGAAACUCCAGAAACAGGCCAAGACUCAAGCAGAAAAAUUCAGAGUUUUUCAAUACCAUGAGGUGAAAGCAUUGUCCAAGGAGCUACGUGAACUUGACGCCCACUGUGAUUAUAUUCGCUCUACGAGCAGAGCCCUCCGUGCUGGGCGUAACAAUUUCCACAGACAAGUGAUAGCCCGCCUUCGGUCUUCCCAGUCAGCUACGGAUUCUCGUGAAAACAUAUUAGGGGAAGAAGAGGCUAUAGCGCAACUUGACAAAUCCAUAGACGAGUGGGUUGCAAAGCUAGAGCAAGUCGACAAUAGGAGGACCCGAGUUCGCCAAAUGUUGCUGGAACAUAUUGCUGCCUCCUUGGUCCUUUCGGCGGCCCCGUUGGAUAUAAAACAGCCCGCCAUCAAUAACGAAGUUGAUGCUGGCUGCACAGAUAUAGCUCGGGAGUCCAUCCGAAUUUAUGCAGACUAUGGAGUCUAUGGCGAUGCAGAUAUGACGGGUUUGCUUGCAGAUAUCGAGCAUCAAAUAGAAACGAUGAAUGGUCACCAGGUGAUGAUCUAG